AUGCCCCAACCCCCCAAAAAACCCUCCCCCACCCACUUCCUCUGCAUCCCUCUCGUCACACCAGCCUCCCGUCCCCAACUAUCCUCCGCCUUAUCCACUUUCCGCGCCGAUGUCUCUGCGCCACUGUCAGCAGGCGGGUUCGACCUCCCGGCGGAGGCUGUCCGGCCGGUUGGGACGCUGCAUUUAACGCUGGGGGUUAUGAGUCUUGUUUCGCCAAAACAACAAAGGGGGAAAGGGAGAGGGGGGGAUCAAGGGGGGGUUGGUGAUGGCGGGAGUGGGGAUGGAGAUGGGGAAGGGGGUGGUGAAGGGGAGAAUGGAGCGGAGGAUAAGUUGGUGGUGGCGAAGGAGGUGUUGGGGAAGAUAAAGCUGAGGGAGCUUUGGGAGGAGGUGGUGAAGGAGGGGAGGAACAGGCUGGCGGGGAGAGAAGGGUUGGUGGGAGUCACAUUAGGACAGGGUCUUGCUGGGCUGGUAGGCCAAGGGGGGUUGCAGAAGACGUCGAAGGCAGAUAUCGCCCCCGAGGAAGCACGGGGGGACGAGAAGCCAUCAGGGGUUGGUCCCGAGGAGGACGAAAGCCCGAGAAUCACCCUCCGUGGCCUGGCUGCUAUGCAAACACUCAACCAAACGUCGGUCCUCUACGCACCACCGGUUGACCCGUUCGGCCUGCUGCAAUCAUUCUGUGAAAAAGUUCGGGGUCAGUUCCAGGAAGCUGAACUCAUGAUUGACGAGGGACGGCCGCUGCUGUUGCAUGCUACGGUGGUGAAUACGGUCUAUGUGAAGGGGAAUAAGCGAGGGACGGGUAAUAAACGGGGAAGAGGGGGUCGCGGCGGAGGGGGAGGGAAGAAAUGGGAGCGGCUGGUGUUCGAUGCAACGGGGAUUAUUGAUCGGUAUGAGGACCAGGUGUGGAUGGAGGAUGUGCCGGUUAAAAAGGUGGCGAUAUGUCAGAUGGGCGCGAAGAAGGUGGUUGUUGAUGGGGAGGAGGAUGAGGCGUAUGAGGUGACGGCUGAGGUUGAGAUUUAG